AUGUCUCUCUUUCUCAGCCGGUUCCGCGUUGGGGUGAGAAGAUCCUCCUCUGUUUCUCUUCUUGUCUCCAAUAGCUUCUCCAGUUCCUUGCGGCAAAAUCCUCCUUGUUCCAUCAUCAGCGCUACUCCUUGUGGACAAGAUCUCGCAAAACUCAUAAUUGGCAAUACUAAUCAAAAUUCCAGCACUCAAUUGGACAAGCGAGUACCUAUGGAGUUGGUGUAUAAUGAUGAAAAAAAACUAACGAUAGGGGCAUCUCAUGGAUGGGUAGCUACUUUGAAUAAGGAUGGAAUCUUACGUCUACAAGACGAUCUGAACCCGUUUGCAUCUGAAAUAAAUCCCAUUCGCAUCAAGCUGCCUCCUCUUGUGACUCUGCGAUACUGCCAAACAAAAAUCAUCACCAAUGUUUCAAUGUCAUCAGCUUCUCCAAAGGGUGAUGAGGACUGUGUCGUGGCUGUCAAGUUCUUGGGACCUCAACUCAGUUUUUGCAAACCAGCCGGUAAGAAAAAACGGAAAUGGACCAACAUCAAGAUCGAAAACCCCUGCUUCUACUCCUCCCGUGUCAUGUUUUUCAAGAAAGACAACAUGUUUCGUAUUGUUGGAUCUGGAGGCCACCUCAUCGGGUCAUGGGACCCAUGUAAUCCCAGCGAUAACCCCAAGGUGCAGAGCGUAAAGUUCCAAAAACUUCCUAAGCUGAUGAUGGCCACAUGUGAGCUUAUGGAUUCGUGCUUCACGAGCGAGCACUUGGUGGAGUCAAGAGCCACCGGUGAGACUUUCUUGGUUAAGUGCGUUUACACCUUGGAUUUUGAUGAAACCUCGUUUGUAAAUUUGAAUGACAUCCCCGUCUCCGUCGCUAGUGUAAGUGGUACACAUGGCGCUCCUUAUCAUAUUCCACCUCAAGAUAUAGACAACAGUUUGUAA